AUGGCAAUGAUGAAAGAGAUUCUCCGAUCCAGAAAUCUCCUGCUCGUUGUUCUCAUUCCACUUCUGCUGCUUCCUCUGCCACUUUUAUACCCCAGCAGUGAAGCCUCCUGUGCCUACGUGCUGAUCGUGACGGCUGUGUACUGGGUCUCUGAAGCAGUACCUCUUGGUGCAGCAGCCUUAGUUCCUGCUUUCCUAUACCCACUUUUUGGAGUCAUGAAGUCCAGUGAGGUGGCUGCUGAGUAUUUCAAGAAUACAACUUUACUCCUCAUGGGUGUGAUUUGUGUGGCAGCCUCUGUAGAAAAGUGGAAUCUCCACAAGCGAAUUGCCCUGCGUAUGGUCAUGAUGGCUGGAGCAAAGCCAGGCAUGUUGCUUCUUUGCUUUAUGUGUUGCACCACGGUGCUCUCCAUGUGGCUUUCCAACACAUCCACCACAGCCAUGGUGAUGCCAAUCGUGGAGGCAGUGCUCCAGGAGCUAGUGAAUGCUGAGGAGGAGCACGAGGUCAUCAGUACUGCAGGCAGCACCAUUACUGAAGAAAACGAGCCAAUAGGUCUCGGCGAAAAGCACGGCCAACCUUCACUGGAGCUUAUCUUCACCAAUGAGGAUGCUACUACUACUGACUUCAGCUCCUUGAUGCACUCAAAGAGCAUGAAUGGUGUGCACAACCCUAUUGGAACGAUGAAUUCUAAGAGCAAUGGGCAGCACCUGCCUCAGGCUCAGAUACUGGUCCUGCCUCCUACGCCCUCAGAACUGGGCCUGAGCGCUAAGUACCGGUAUCAGACCAGACACGACCACAUGGUCUGUAAAUGCCUCUCACUGAGUAUCUCCUAUGCGGCAACCAUUGGAGGACUGACAACCAUCAUGGGAACCUCCACUAGCCUCAUAUUCUUAGAGCACUUCAACAACCACUACCCAAAUGCUGAAGUGGUGAAUUUUGGAACGUGGUUUUUGUUCAGUUUCCCCAUCUCCCUCAUCAUGUUGGUCCUGACUUGGCUCUGGAUGCAUUGGCUGUUCUUGGGUUGCAAUUUUAAAGAGACCUGUUCUGUGAGCAAGAAGAGGAAGACCAAACGGGAAGAAAUGUCAGAGAGAAGAAUUCAAGAAGAAUAUAAAAAACUGGGAAAUGUUAGCUAUCCUGAGAUGGUGACUGGAUUUUUCUUCAUUCUGAUGACCUUGCUUUGGUUUACUCGUGAGCCCGGCUUUGUACCAGGAUGGUCAUCUUUUUUUGAGAAGAAAGGUUACCGGACUGAUGCCACUGUCUCUGUAUUUCUCGGGUUUUGUGAAAAAAGUGAAGAUCUUUGCACAAAGGCCAGUGCAACACUGGGCACACACUUGCUUUAUUUUGAUAUAGGAGAUGAUGGCGAAAAGUCAACAGAAAUUACCAGACCAGAUCCCAUCAUUACCUGGAAGGACUUCCAGAAGACCAUGCCCUGGGAGAUUGUAGUGUUGGUUGGAGGGGGUUAUGCCUUAGCAGCUGGAUGCAAGACCUCUGGCCUCUCUACAUGGAUUGGACGCCAAAUGCUCUCCCUCAGCAGCCUUCCCUACUGGGCUGUAACUCUGCUGGCCUGCAUUUUGGUGUCCCUGGUAACAGAGUUUGUUAGCAAUCCAGCAACAAUAACCAUCUUUCUGCCUAUUUUAUGCAGCAUGUCAGAAACCCUGCUUAUCAACCCUUUAUACACCCUGAUUCCUGUCACCAUGUGUAUCUCCUUUGCGGUGAUGCUGCCAGUGGGUAAUCCUCCUAAUGCCAUUGUCUUCAGUUAUGGGCACUGCCAGAUUAAAGAUAUGGUGAAAGCUGGCCUGGGCGUAAACCUGAUUGGCCUGGUUGUUGUCAUGGUGGCAAUCAACACUUGGGGAAUUAGACUCUUCCAGCUGAAUACUUUUCCAGAAUGGGCAGCAGUUGGCAACAUCACUAGCCAGACAUAA